GAUGGGGAUUAUUCUAAAGUUCUCAAAACACAGAUUGAAGACAAAGCUAAAGAAUGUCCCUCACCUGUACCAGCAGUGCUUCCAACUUUCACUGAAGAAGAGAAGGCGAGGAUCAAGGGAACUUCUGACUUUUUUGGUUUAAAUCAUUAUACCUCCCGUUUAGUGAGCAGCAGUGUAGGUGGGUGCACCCCUGGACCUGCAGGAGUUGGAGACUUCCAGGCUAAAGUGGACCCCUCAUGGCCUGCUACAGCAUCAGACUGGAUCUACUCCAUGCCCGCAGGACUACGGUCACUUCUGAGCCACAUUAAAACAAAUUAUCUAGCCGUUAACAAUGUGCCCAUUUACAUAACUGGGAAUGGCAUGCCAACARAUGACAGUGGAGACACCCUGAAUGACACUAGCAGAAUCGAGUACAUGAGGGGUUACAUUAGUGAGGCCCUAAAAGCUAUUGAACUCGAUAAAGUGGAUGUGCAGCGAUUUACAGUGCAAUCACUUAUGGAUGGAUUUGAGGGAAAUAAAGGGUACAGUGAAAGAUUCGGACUUCACCAGGUUAAUUUUGUAGAUGGAUACAGGCCGAGGACACCAAGGCAGUCAGCAUAUUUCUUUGCUSAGAUCAUUGAGCAAAAUGGUUUUGUUUCACRAAAACAAGAUCAUUUUSAAGGUGUGAAAAUAUCACCACCUCGCCGUUCCACCCCACUGCCACCCUCAGAGGUCCCAUCAGCAUCAAAGGCUGUCUGGGAAAAAUUUACACCACAGAAAAGGUUAGAUAGACAAAUGUAUCACUAUGGUACAUUCUCACAAGACUUCUUAUGGGGCGUCUCAUCUUCAGCUUACCAGAUUGAGGGUGGAUAUAACCAGGAUGGGAAAGGACCCAGUGUAUGGGAUGUAGUCAGUAAUAACCCAGGUAGUGGUAUUCCUGAAGAUGUGAAUGGAAAUGAAGCCUGUGACAGUUACAAUAAACUUGAUGGAGACCUUUACAUGCUGCAAGCUUUGAAAGUGAAGUCAUACAGAUUUUCUUUGUCGUGGUCCAGAAUCUUUCCCAAUGGYAGACGUGCAUCCCUGAACCAAAAGGGUGUUGAUUAUUACAACAGACUUAUUAAUGGCCUCUUGGCCAGAAAAAUCACCCCAAUGGUCACAAUUUAUCACUGGGACCUCCCACAAGCUCUACAAGACAUUGGUGGCUGGCAGAAUGUAGAGAUGAUUGACAUUUUUAAUGAUUAUWGUGACUUCUGCUUUGCCACCUUUGGUGACAGAGUAAAAUUCUGGAUGACCAUGAAUGACCCUCAAGGACUUACUCGUUCCUAUGCCCUUGCUUUACGGUCUUCUUUGGUGAGGUCCUCAGAUAAACGGAUGUUGAGCUCCCUGCAGAUGGGGGGGUUGUUUAGUGGAACACCAGAGUUCAUCCCUGAAGGUCCGACCUGUAAACUGCACAAUGAUCUGCCUUGGGCGGUUGGUGUUGUUCGGGCCAAGACGGUGCAGUGUCGAGAAUAA